AUGAAACUUUUCGGAUUUUUCGCUGUUUCUUCCGCUUUCGCCAACCAAGAACUGUACGAGAUGUUCGACAAUAGCCAGAUCGCCGAGAGUGCGAGAACAGGAACCAACAACGUGAACCAGUUCACGAUGUUCUACGCCCAGAUGGCAAAUAUGCCCAACUUUCUUGAUUUCGCCGCCCAAGAAUGGAACUACGGAUGCUGGGGACAAAUCGACGGGGUCGAAGCGCGCCCUGGUCAUGGAGAAGCGAUCGAUGUGAUUGACCAGCUCUUCCAGGACUGGGUCAAGUGCAAGGAGUGCAUGAGCAUGGACUUUACCGACUCCUGUGACAUCGACAACGUCGCCUACGAGGUCGGCAUGGAUCCCGCAACUGGUCGAAUCGAGUGCUCAGGAAACUCAGGCUGCCCAAAAGCUCGAUGCGAUUGCGAUGAGACCCUCGCUUUCGGAAUCAUCGAGAACUGGGACUCGUACAAUCCAGAAAACGAACCACAGAAUGGCUUUGAUUUCGAUGCUUCCUGCCAGCCUCAUCCAAAAACGCCAACAAGUGGAGGCGCCGGUGGCUCCUGCACCAACGUUGGCGACAAUACCAGACGAUGCUGUGGCGAGUAUCCAAAGCGAUUUCCGUACGACGACAAGGCUGGCUGCUUUCUGUGCUGCGACAGCGCCGGCAAGAUUUUCAACAUCAACCGACACGGCUGCUGCGGAGAUGUUCUUGGUACCGUCGGUUGCGUCUAG